AUGGAGAAGCACGCGGGACAGCUACUAUGUGGUGGAUUCGAGGGAACAAAAGUGACGCCGCAGGCGUACCACUUGAUUGUCGAGCAGCAUGUGUCGACGAUGAUACUAUCGCGGAAAAACGCCGUGAGUGUCGAGCAGACGAUGAAGUUGAUCAACGACCUCCAGUAUAUAGCGUUCACGCAGGGGAAGUACAAGCAUCCCAUCAUGUUUGCCAUCGACGAAGAAGGCGGGCUCAUCAACUCGUUGUUUGACCCCGAGUUUUUGACGCAGUCGCCGGGGGCAAUGGCGCUCGCGGCCACGGGCGACCCGCACUUGGUGUACGAGGUCUCCAAAGCCGUCGCGGUGGAGUUGAAGACGAUUGGGUUUUCCAUCAUCUUGGGGCCCGUGUUGGAUGUGGUUACAAAGUUGUCCCAUCAAUUGGUCGGGGUGCGGAGCUUUGGCACCACGCUAGAGGAAGUGAAGACGUAUGGCCUGGCAUGCGCCAGAGGCUUGAAAGAUGGCGGGUUGUUCACGGUGGGUAAGCAUUUCCCCGGGAUCGGGAACGCAACCGUGGACUCCUUGUUGGAGUUGCCCAUGAUUGGCGACACCUUGGCUCAAGUCAAGCAGUUCAACACGGUGCCGUUUGAAUUUCUCAUUGAAAAAGGUUUGAUUGACGGGGUCAGCGUUGCUGGCUGCGGAGUGCCGAAUAUAAGUCCAGACGAGACCCAUGCGUGCCUCUCGCCCUUGAUUAUAAACCAUUUGCUUCGGCGAAAGUUUAAAUUUGACGGGGUUGUCAUUAGCGAGUGCUUGGAGAUGGAGGCGUUGUACCAUUCGAUAGGGUUGGGACAAGGGGUCAUUCUAGCUAUUAAUGCCGGGUGCGAUUUGGUCAUGGUGUGCCAUGAUCCUCGGUUACAGGAUGAAGCCAUUGAGGCGAUCAAAAAGGGGGUCUUGAAUGGGAACUUGGAAGAUGAAAUGAUCACAGCGAGUUUCAAGCGAAUCGAGACUCUUCAAAAACGGUUACCCAAAUGGACAGAGAUAUUCCCGCAGGGGGCCGCGUCGGCCAAGCAAGACCCCGUCUUGUUCAAGAACCUGCAUCCGGAGACGUGGAAGAAGCACCAGGCGCUUGCUGAUCUUGCCUACCAGAAAUCCAUCACCCUAGUUCGCGAUUUCAACAAUGUGUUGCCUCUUUCGCGCCAUUUCCAAAACGAGGAAAACGAGUCGAUACUAGUGUUGAGCCCGUUGUUGAGUCCAAUCAAAUGGCGCCUGGCGUCUUCGACGACUUUGUUUGCCGGGGAAGAAGUGUUUCAAGGGUUUGGGAUGAUGUUGUCUAACCACCCCAGCAACAGCAACAAUAAAAAUAGUAGCGACAACAAUAACCACAAUAACAAUAACAAAGGAAAGUCGUUUAGGGUGCUUCAUACAACUUAUACUGCCAACGGACUUACCAAACUCCACGAGCAGUUGAUUGAAAAGGCCAAAGUGGUCAUUGUGUUUACCAGUGAAGCCUCGCGGAACAUGUACCAGAUUGGGCUUGUGAAGUACGUUUCGAUGCUUUGCGGGGCCAAUCCUUCUAGUAAUGCAUCGAGGAAGCCCAUGAUUGUGAUUGCCACGCUGUCGCCGUAUGAUUUUUUAAAUGACCUGAAGAUUGGCAGUGCCUAUCUCUGCUGUUAUGACUAUACAAAUGAAGCCUUGGGCAAAGUUGUUGGAUUGCUAAUGGGCGAUUUCGAAGCCGAAGGGUGCAUUCCGGGAGAACGCAAAGAGAACACACCUAGAGAGAGACAGCUGAGUGAAGGUGAAAACUCGAAACAGUUUAAACGACGAUGGUUGGUUGACGAGUUUGAUCUCAAGCGGGAUUUUGCAAGCUUGGUGAAACUAUGGCGAGACGAGUACGAACCCGAUGGCAGUGACACUAAUGAAUACCUCGACCGGCAGUUUUAUAAGCGGUUGCAUGCGUUGUUAGCCACAUCUGAUCAAAAGCACUUUGUUGUGCGGAACUCUUCGUUGAACAUUUUGUAUGGGGUGGUGCUAACGUGGGUCGAGGCGCCGAUUGGCCACAUUGUUUACAUCAUUGUUGAGAAAUCCAAGCGAGCUCAAAGUAUCGGCAAGAACUUGAACGCGCGGGCAGUGCGGUACUUGACUAAAGAGAAGCAGUGUCGAGAGAUUCGAUUUGGUUCCUCGUUCCCACUAUUGAUAUUCCCCGGUAAUAAAAGCGCCAAGAUCGAGACGAUGAGUAGCAAUAUUGGCUGGGGCAAGGAGAUGUCGGCCAAGAAGCACAUCAUGUUGUUGAACAAUCUUGAUACAUGGCAGGUUCCCUCGAGGAUUCUCAAGGAGUUGAUGAUUGUGGGCGUGCGGUUUGACAUUUGCAAUAAUACCGAGCAGUUGCAAAGCUUAAUCAAGCGCUCGCCGGAGUAUAGAAGUUAUUAUCACUGUGCCGUGGAGUCGCUCCAGUUUCGCACUCCGAACGAAGUCAAGAUCAUUAUCGCGCUCGAGCCCAAUACCCAGGGGGUCAUUGGCAGCAUCAUCUUGUUUACCAACAAGUCAAAGUUCUCGAAAUACUAUCCAUUUAUCGACCAGUGUGUCGAGAUGAGAGAGCAAGAGGAACUACCGUUGGUUGGGGGGAUAAUUGCCCCCAUGAUAGAUCAGCUGUAUUCAAACUUGAUGGACAUUUUCAAAUACGGGUUAAUCUGCAGUGCCAUCACCUUUUUGAAGAAUGCCAAUGAGGACGUCAUGCAGUGUCUUAUGAUUGAUGUGAAGGAGGAAAAGUCGUUGACGAGUCUUGAAGACAUCGGCUUCCACAUUUGGAGGAGUUAUUAUGAUUAUUAUGACAGGAAAAUGGAAAAAAUAGCAUGA